AUGAAAAUUAGUUUAGGCACCUGUCUACCUAAACUAGCCUUGGUGGUUGUGUUUUCAACCACCUUGGCGAAUGCAAUGAAGUUUGAGGAUUUCAAAACCUGCUCACAAUCCGGCUUUUGUCGUCGCAACAGAGCCUAUGCGGAUGAAGCGUCUCUCGAUUCGUCUCCUUAUACCUUGGUGAAAGACUCCAUUUCCCUAUCAAACAACAAAGUCCAUGCAGAUAUCAGAAACACAGACACGCAAGUCAUCUUGACUUUGGAUCUACACAUUCUCCAAGAUAACACAGCACGCGUUCGCAUCAAUGAAAAGGCACCCAUCAAACCUCGUUAUGACGAGCACGGCAAAUACACACUUGUACAAGAACCCGAGUUAGUGGACAUGUUGUCUUCUGAACAGACAAACGAAGGCAUUGUUGUUUUGCAUAUCGAUACGACGCGCAAGAUUGUGAUCCACCCUCAACCUGUUCGUAUCGAAUUCUUGGUGAACGAUGCACCUGUCAUCACUUUGAACGAUCGUGGCUUUUUCCAUUUUGAACAUUUGCGUACCAAAGAUACUCACAAGCCCAAGAUGGUGGAAAAGAAGAACGAAGAUGGCACUGUUAGUACAGUCGAAGCUGAAUGGGAAAAGGAUUUGUGGGAGGAAACAUUCAAGACUUGGACUGACCCCAAGCCCAAUGGCCCUGAAUCCAUUGCUAUGGAUAUUAGUUUCCAUGGUUUCCCCAAUGUAUAUGGCAUUCCAGAACAUGCUUCCAGCCUUGCAUUGAAGGAGACUCGUGGUGGUGAUAACGCUUAUACUGAGCCCUAUCGUCUUUAUAACACGGAUGUAUUUGAGUACGCUUUGGAUAGUCCUACUGCUCUCUAUGGUGCUGUACCUUUGAUGAUUGCUCACAAGCAAGGUCUGUCAGCCGGUGUUUUCUGGAUGAACCCUGCCGAGACCUGGAUUGAUAUUGUAAAGUCCAAGUCUGAGGAAGGCGUCAAGGCCUCUGCUCAAAAGGUAUUGGGACUACACAAGGAGGGCACUUCAACACAAACGCACUGGAUGUCAGAGGCAGGUGUCCUCGAUUUAUUUGUCUUCUUUGGCCCCUCCACCAAGGACAUUCUUCGUCAGUACAGUAGAUUGACAGGUCCUCCUGCCAUGCCUCAAAUGUUUGCUGUGGGCUACCACCAAUGUCGCUGGAAUUACAUCAACCAAAGAGAUGUGCUAGAGGUGGAUAGACAGUUUGAUGAAAAUGAUAUGCCUUAUGAUGUAAUUUGGCUGGAUAUCGAGUACACGGAUGAAAAAAAGUACUUUACCUGGGACACGCCCAAGUUCCCUGACUCUAUUGGCAUGGAAGAGGCUCUGGAUGACAAGGGCCGCAAAUUGGUGGCUAUCGUGGAUCCUCAUAUCAAGCGUGCUGACAACUAUCGCAUCUGUGACGAAGCCAAGUCAAAGAACUUGUUCGUCAAGAAGCCUGAUGGGGCUGACUACGAAGCUUGGUGCUGGCCAGGUCAAUCCUCUUGGGUCGAUUUUGUGCACAAGGAAUCCUACGACUGGUGGAAGAAGCAAUUUGCAUUUGACAAGUUCAAGGGAACUCGCGAGAAUGUCCACAUUUGGAACGACAUGAAUGAGCCCUCCAUCUUCAAUGGACCCGAAAUCACUAUUCAAAAAGAGAUGAUUCAUGAUGGCAAAUGGGAGAACCGUGUGCUGCAUAAUUUGUAUGCUCAUUUGUCUCACAUUGCUACUGCUGACGGUGUUCGUGAACGCACAGAGGUUCAAAAGCGUCCCUUUGUUUUGGCUCGUGGCUACUACGCUGGUGUACAGCGUGCUGGCCCCAUUUGGACGGGUGAUAACAUUGCCAAUUGGGAAUCUCUCAAGUAUACAAAUCCUAUGAUUUUGUCCAAUAGUAUGGGUGGUGUCCCCUUCACAGGCGCUGAUGUACCUGGCUUCUUUGAGAACCCUACUCCCGAGUUGUUGGCUCGUUGGUAUCAAGCUGCUACCUAUCAACCCUUCUUCCGUGGUCAUGCUCAUAUCGAUACCAAGCGUCGUGAGCCUUAUUUAUCAGCAGAGCCUUACAAGUCUAUUACGCGCGAUACUUUGCGUGAACGCUAUGCUCUCUUGUCUCACUGGUAUACCUUGUUCUAUGACGCCUACAAGAAUGGCACUCCCAUGAUGCGCCCCAUGUUUAUGGAGUUCCCUGAGGAUGAGUCUGUAUUCACGAUGGAUGAUCAGUUCAUGGUAGGUGAUUCCAUCUUGGUCAAGCCCAUUACAACAGAAGGAGCUGUUACCACAGAUGUGUAUUUCCCUGGCGAAGGACCUUGGUAUCAUACUAAAUCCCAUGAACAAGUCUCCACAUUGGGCUGGAAGACGAUUGAUGCUCCUUUGGACACGAUUCCUGCUUUCUAUCAAGGUGGCCGUAUCAUUCCUCGUCGUGAGCGUGUGCGUCGCAGCUCUCCAGCUAUGCGUUUGGAUCCCUUCACCUUGGUGAUUGCCAAGAAUCAACAAGGACAUGCUCAAGGCCGCUUGUACAUGGACGAUGAAGAGACCUAUGCAUUCCAAAACGGUGCCUACGCUCACACUGAAUUCAGCUUUGCCGACAACGCAUUGACAUGUAAGAACAUCCACGAAAAUGCCUCCAGCAAAGAAGCCGAGGCGUUCGCCAAGACUGUUGACAAGGUUCGUAUUGAGCGUAUCCACAUCUUGGGUCAAAGCAAGAAGCCAUCUGGUGUCAAGGUUGUUACACAGGGCAAGACAAUCGAGAGUGAUUUCACCUUUGAUUAUCAAAGGCAAGCUGUUACCAUCAAGGACCCCAAGGUGUCUGCAACUCAAUGCGGCUGGUCUAUCAUUGUCUACUAA